AUGGCGACCAAGGAGCUAUCGAUCAAGCUUGUGAUCGACACAAAGACAGAUAAACUCUGCUUCGCUGAGGCUGGCAGCGACGUCGUGGAGUUCCUCUCCUGCCUCCUCUCCCUGCCGCUGGGCACCGUCGCCAGCCUUCUAACGAAGGAGAGCAUGGUCGGCAGCAUCGGCAACGUGCUUGGGAGCAUGGAGCAGCUGGACGCGAACUACAAGAGCAAUGUGCUGCGUCUGAGUCCCGCCGUCGCCCCCGCCACACUCUCCCGCCUGCAGCAGCUGCUGGGCUCCCACCUCAGCAACACCAACGUCUUCACAUGUGAAUGUCCGAAUAACUUCCCAGGCCCGACUUUUUAUUUUGAUAAUUGCAACAAUCGACGCGCCAGCUGCGGAUACUUCUCGGCCACCAAAGGCACAGCCUGCCUCGUCUGCCAAAAACCAAUGGACAAGCCUACGACAAUGGCCCCCGACGCCGCAACCAACGGUCCCAAGGUGGUUGCGGCGUCGCCCACGACAUACGCUGUCAAGGACGACCUCUCGGUGACUCCGGCGUCUAACCUGCUAUCCGGCAUCACUCUGCUCUCGCAGUGCGGCGUCAUGAACAUCAGCGCGCUGGAGGAGAAGACUGUCAAGAUCGGCAAGGAAGAGGCGUUGGCGAUACUCGCUGCUUCCCUCAAGUCCAAGACUGUCCUGACGGAUGUUUUCCUGCCAAAAAAGAAUUCUCGCUGCAAGAGGGAACCUGCUGAAGAAGUCAUUUAGAAAUGACUGCCAGUGCUAGCUUGGCUAGUUAUUCAUAUACGAGUCCACAAAUUUUCUGAUAGUGCUAGCAUGAUCUUGAUUUCCCAUGGGUUGUUGGUACUUUAGGCACUGAGUCGUCAUAACUGAUAAAGUGAUUAGAAGGCAUCUUUGCUUCUCCGUGACGAAUCAAGAUCAUGCCGUUGAUUAUUUUGGUGUCUAGAGGUUCAUCGUUCACGUUCACGCACUGCAAAUAAAAUUAUGUGUUACAUUUGUUUUCCUAAA